UUUUUCUCAAAAAAGUUUUUUUUCCUGCUUGAAUUUUCUCUCUCAUAACCCAGAAUUCAUAGUUUGCUUUUAGAAAGAGAAAAAAGACAACCCAGUAACGAAAAAGGGGAAACAAUCUGAAUCAGAAGUCGUUUUCAUCGAUAAUUUAUAAGGAUGGGUCAAGCUUUUCGCAAGCUUUUCGACACCUUUUUUGGUAACUAUGAGAUGAGGGUUGUGAUGCUUGGCCUUGAUGCAGCUGGAAAAACAACAAUAUUGUACAAGUUGCACAUCGGAGAAGUUUUAUCGACUGUCCCCACUAUUGGUUUUAAUGUGGAGAAAGUUCAAUACAAGAAUGUGAUGUUCACGGUUUGGGACGUCGGUGGACAAGAGAAACUGAGGCCGCUUUGGAGGCUCUAUUUCAAUAAUACAGAUGGAUUGAUCUACGUUGUUGACUCCUUGGAUCGGGAGAGGAUCGGGAAAGCUAAACAUGAAUUUCAGACUAUAAUCAACGACCCGUUUAUGCUCAACAGCGUCAUCUUGGUGUUCGCCAACAAACAGGACAUGAAAGGAGCAAUGAGCCCGAUGGAGGUAUGCGAAGGGUUAGGACUUUUCGAUCUGAAGAACCGAAAAUGGCACAUACAAGGCACUUGCGCGCACAGAGGAGACGGCCUCUAUGAAGGCUUGGACUGGUUAGCCGGAACACUCAAGAAGAUGAGAGCUGCUGGAUAUUCAUCAACGGGUCCAUCAUCGUUCUAAUGAAUACAGAUCGGAAGCGUUUCUCUUCCCAUGUUGCGUUAAAACGGAGCCUUGAAAACGAGAAAAUAACUCUCAAUGACAUCGUUUCCGGAUACAUCAUUGAAAGGCAUUGAAGGUUGGGAAGUUUAGUGUUGUAAUCAAAGCUUUUUUAAUGGUUCUUUUA